UUAACAGCUACAUCGACCUGCUUUAUCCGACAGAAGACAGGCAGGAGCGACUGGUCGACUCCUACUUCUUCUCCUGCGAGUGUACAGAGUGCAGCACCAAGUCUAAGGACAAGGCUAAGAUGGAGCUCCAUAAGAAGCUCAGUUGUCCUCCGAAGCUCGAGGACAUCCGAGCGAUGGUCCUCUACGCCAAGAACGUCAUCGAGGAGUUCCGUAGAGCCAAGCACUACAAGACCCCUAGUGAGCUGCUGGAGAUCUGUGAGCUGAGCCAGGAGAAGAUGGGCUCCAUGUUCGCGGACACCAACGUCUACAUGCUGCACAUGAUGUACCAGGCCAUGGGGGUGUGUCUGUACAUGCAGGACUGGGACGGAGCCAUGAGCUACGGGGAGAAGAUCAUCCACCCUUACAGUGUCCACUACCCAGCCUACUCCCUGAACGUGGCCUCCAUGUACCUGAAGCUGGGCCGGCUGUGCCUGGGUCUGGAGAGGAAGGCUCAGGGGGUGAAGGCCUUGAAGAAGGCGAUCGCCAUCAUGGAGGUGGCUCACGGCAAGGAUCACCACUACGUCUCUGAGGUCAGACGUGAGGUGGAGGAGCAGAAGUAAGGAUGGAGUGGAGGAGGAGGAAAGGAGGAGGAAAGAUGAAGGAGAACCAGAGACAGUGGUGGAAUGAGCCAGAGAACGACAAAACGAUAGCAGCACGGCAUGCAUCUUACAGUAUACCUCUCUCUCUCUCUCUCUUACAUCUCUCUCUCAGUCCAUCUUUUAGCCAAGGUGAUGUCAUCAUAUCAGGGUCCCUCCUGUUCACAUACUAGAGGCCUGUUUGGCCUCGUCGAGGAUUCCUUCCUGCUUUCCUUCAGGUUGACUCUCAUCCAGCUGCCUGGACAGGUGAAAAAGCCUGCCACCUGUCACCAUGUGGGUGUGUUCAAGGCCUUCAUCCAGGGCUGGUAGUGUAACAAGCCUGGUUCAGCCUGGUCCUCUGCUUCCUGGUCCCUGUUCUGGUUCUGGGUUAACUAGAAAAUCAUGCACUGUGCUCUCGGAAUCUUUUAAACGUAAUUAACAUCUCCUCUUUGUAUGUAUUCUAAAAAGAACAAUCUAGAUGGUUGUUCAUGCACCACGUUCUUGGUUGGUUCCUUCUCACCCUGAGUAGCAAGUGAGAAGAAUCUCAGAGAAGGAGAGAAGAUUUGUCAAAAAAAUACAAUAAUAUGUUUGUCUUACGAAACAAAAACACAAAGCCAGUUUUUUUAACGAAAACUAGGCCCUACCGCAUGACUUUCCUGAACGCACCCCCUCUCCUCUUUCUACACAAGGGACUCUGACAAGUGUGUAAUUGUGCCCAAAGUCUUUUGUUUGUUACUGGUUUGAUCUGGGGCCUCGGAAACAUCCAUGAUCGUAGCAACCUUUGUUUCUUCAAUUCCAGUUGAUCUGUGACCUGGGGUCUGAAUCCCUAUUCUUAACCUUAACCAACAGGGGGACACGAUCUGAGCCUUCUUCUUCGUUGGUUAAUGGCUGAACUAUCGUCUUCUUUUGUGGUGGGUUUUUUUCAGUACGUGUUUUCAUGUCGUCGUGUUUUGUUAGCGUGGUCUGAUAUGGCACAGGAAGUUCAUCACUUCUGGAAUGCACAAACUCCCAGAUAUCUGAGCCUUGCUGUAUACGAAAAACAUAAUAAAAAAGUGUGACUGAC